AAAUCAAUAAAAUAAAAGCACGAUAUGUGAAAGGCAAUGUUAAAUAAAGCGAAGUAUGAAACAAAUAAAAUUUCAUGAGAAAAUAGAAAAAUUUUCAUUUGUAUCCCUUGCCUUCCCUCCCGUUGUUUUUACCUGGCUUCCAUCAUCACAUCUUGGAAGCAGAAGAAACCUAAACUUGGCGGAAAUGGAAGCAAAGGAGGAGAAGGAGAAGGAAAGGAACAGUGGAAAGCGCAAAAGAAGGGGCUUUUCUCCUUCUCAUUCCGAUGGUAAUACCGUAAUCUUCCCUCUGUUACUGGCCGCUGCUCUCUCCCGCUCGAAUACUCAUACAACACUAGUCAAGAAAUGCUUAACCAAAUUCCUUUCCCAUGGACAACCAAUUCCCACUCCCUUUCUUUCCCUUUGCCCACUCCUUCUCAACUCCAAAUCCCCCCAAAUCGCCAUCCUCACCGCCCGCAUUCUUGGGGCGGCUUCUCUCAUGUCCUUUCAGAUGAAUCAACAGGUCGUUUCUGACUCUCCAACGCUUAAGGCUUUGAUUUCUUUGAUGCCCCCUUCUCAUAAGAAUAUGAUCGUCUCCAUGGCUGCCUGCGAUGCCCUUUUGGAUUUGUGCUCCACUUGUGUUGCCAGACACCGAUUGCUCCAUUUCUCUGCUUUGGAAACUCUCAUGUUUGCAUUCCUUCAGGUUCGAAGAUCAUCAAUAUUGAUUUCUUUAGGCACUGGAGAUGAUGUGAAUAUUGCUUCUCUCAGGAUAGUCUUCCAAAGAGGUGAACUUCCAGUAUUACUUCUUAGUGCAGCCAUCAUUCUCAUCAAUACAUGCAAUAUUGAGCAGUUAAGAAAGAUCCCAAGCAAGCUUUCUGAAUGUUUUUCUGUCUUUUUGAAAGAAGUGUGGAAAGAAGCUCACAAACAAAUGUUAAAGGGCAAUAUUUUAGGACCCGGUCAAGGGAUGAGCUUAUAUUUCAGCAGUGUUACCAUCAAUAAUCUGGCAGAAAGCAUUUUUAGGCUUUCCAUUAAUGUUGAUCAAUUUCCAGCUCUUAUGCCCAGUGAGAUGGUUAAAAGAAGAAUAUUUUGUUUUAGUGAGGAUGAUUUCAAACGUUUCAUAUUAAGCCAGUGGGAGGUCUUACCUUGUGUUGUAAGAAGGUUCUCAACUGCUUCACUGGAGGCAGAAGAAAUAUUUGCAUCACUUAUGCAAACUUUAUGUUCUAAAGAGUUUUUUCCUUCUGCUCUCUCUUCUAUCCUCCAAGGUCUAACUUCUUGCCUGCCUAUUGAUUCAGAUGAAUUAGACAUCCUUAGUUUCCUGACGGAGGUUAGAAAUAAAUUGGGUUGUCCUCUUAUCAAUGAACAGGACAUACGGGUUCUAAGAACAGAUAACCAAUUAAAACAAGAGGUGCGGUUUUUUGAAGAAAAUGUGGACUCUUGCUUUGUCAAGGCUCCACAAAUUUUAUGUGCAGAUGAUAUUUUAAAAUUUGAAGAAGCAUAUAACAAGGGUUAUACAAUUGCUUUACGUGGAAUGGAAUUCCGCUUUGAAAAUUUUGCCCUUAUUGCAGAUGGAUUAGCUUCAGUCUUUGGUCAACCAUCAGCAGGUGCCAAUUUGUACUUGACUCCACCUAAUUCUCAAGGGUUGGCUCGUCAUUAUGAUGACCAUUGCGUAUUUGUCUGCCAAAUUUUUGGAUCUAAGCAAUGGAAAAUAUUUUCUCAGCCGAAUGUGCAGUUACCUCGAUUAUAUGACCCUUGCAACAUUCAAAAUGGUGAAGGCAUUGAUAAUUCAAGAGCUGACUGUUAUCAUUUUUUGCUUAAUGAAGGUGAUGUCUUAUAUAUUCCCAGGGGUUUUCCUCAUGAAGCAUGUACACAUUAUAGUAGUCCAGAUGGAUCUGCUGGGCUUUCUUUGCACUUAACUCUUGGAAUUGAGGUUGAACCUCCAUUUGAGUGGGAGGGGUUUAUGCAAGUAGCCCUGUUUUAUUGGAACCACACUCAACAUCAGCAUCAUCUUUCUUUGAAGUCUUUAUCAGGAAUUCUGAAUGCCAUGUCCGUCAAGCUGCUGCAUAUAGUAAUUGGGUUAAUCAGUGAUUCCGACCCUACAUUUCGGAAGGCAUGCUUGGUUGCUGCAGCUUCUUUGGAAUCAGACGCUAAUAACUGGCUUGAUCUAUGCCAAAAGACAAUUUUCAGCAAUUUGAUUGAAAAAAUUAACAGAGAGUCAAGGUUUUUGGAAGCAUUGAAGAGUGUGGAAGUAGCAAUUCAGAGAAAUGAAGACCCCUUUCAGCGGAUAAGGUGGCUGCGAUCCCUCAAUCAAGAGGGGGAAAGUGUUGAAGGAUGUGAAUGGGUUGUAGCGCCUAGUGGGGUUCAAGAUAUAUUCCGUUUAUAUGUUGAAUACAAAGAGAUGGCAGAAACUGUGUUCAUGGAGGUCAAAUCUAAAUUCUGUAGUCAGGUAUCAUAUGACCAUGUUACUACAGUCUAUAGGAUAUUGCAUGAAAAGUACAAGAAGGCUAGAAAGCAGUAUAUGAACGGAAUGCAUUCACUGCAUUAUGUUUGACUGCAAUGUAAUGCAUAUAUAUAUAUAUAUAUUGAUAUAUAUUGUAUGGCCUUUUUCACCAAUCUUAUAUGAUAUGAGACUACAAAGUGAAAGGCAUUUUUCAUACAAUCUUAUAAAAAUCUCACUUCAUUCAUUUCAAGAUACCAACAUAUGGCGUUUUGUCUCCUUUUUUUCUACGAUAUGUUGUCGAGUUGUUGUGUAGAGAGCUUUAAGCUUUAUUGGUUUUACAAUUGUUUUUGGAGUUGAAGACAAUAGUUUCCUUGGCAAAAAUGUAAUGUAAUAGCCAUUUUUCGGUUAUUUAUUUUUUCUUUUCAAAAGGAAGAAAAUGUAAAACAAAAAUAGUUAUAUACAUUUUCUUUCUUCUGAAAUUGUUAUGCUCCAAUUUGUAUCGUUUUUGCAAUA